AUGGCAGCAAGAAGCAAGACCAAGUUCCUUGGUGAACUACUCAUUCUAUCCCGAUUUCACAAAUACAACCCUGUAUUCACCACCUUCGCCGGAGAUCGGACCAUCUCAACUGCCUUUGUCUUUCAACAAACGGCAUUAUGUGUUCUGGCCGCGUAUUUGUUUUGCGGCGCAGGCAUGGUCUGGAACGACUGGAUUGAUCGCGACAUUGAUGCCAAGGUUGCCCGAACCAAGCAUCGUCCCCUGGCCAUGGGCUCGGUUACUACGACUGAGGCCAUGGUGUGGAUGACCUUGCAGGUCAUCAUGUCUUGGGGUGUGCUCCGCGUCAUGCUUGAUAACAAGGAUGUAUUAAAACAUUUGAUACCGGUCAUGGUGGCAUCAGUGCUUUACCCUUUUGGGAAACGGUACCUGGCUAGAAAGCUCAUGAUUUAUCCACAGUACAUCCUGGCCUUCACCAUUGCUUGGCCAGCUAUUCCCGGUCGCGCCGCCAUUUGUGGCCGCCACGAAUCCUUCACUGAGACCACCCGCCAAUGCCUUCCCCUCUGCAUCAUGGUGUUCUUCUGGACCAUCUACCUGAACACGGCGUAUAGCUACCAGGAUGUGGUUGAUGACCGCAAGCUCAAGGUGAAUUCCUUCUACAACAUUGCCGGAAAUCAUAUCCAUGUGUUGCUUGUGCUGCUUGUUAGUCCUAUCAUACUGGCCCAAUUCGACCCGAAACAACCUGCCAGUGGGGGAACCCUGCAUAAGAGUAACUUUAUCCUUGGAGUCUGGACCAUCCUUGCUUGUGCGGCCGAGUUAGUUUACAUUUGGAGAUAA